CCGAAACAAGGACUCACAAAAGGUUUUGUGUAUGACUUUACUACUUGUCUUCCAGAGAGAGAGAGAGAUUCAUAAAUGUCUGGUUUUUAUUUUUUCUGAUUUGCUAUAUAAUGACACCCUCUGCACCACUUUGGAUCUGGGACUCUUUCUUCUCUCUCUCCUCCCUCUCUCUCUCUCUCUCUCUCUCUCAUUUGUUUUUCGUUGGUUGUUAUCAUCGUCAUCUUCCUCUUAUCUAAUUGGCCCUCAACACUGCUGGUGGUGGAGGGGUUGAAAGGUUGCAAUGGCGAACAGGAACUUGGAAAAGAUGGCAUCCAUUGAUGCUCAGCUUCGGCUUUUGGUUCCAGCCAAAGUGAGUGAGGAUGAUAAACUUGUUGAGUAUGAUGCUUUACUUCUGGAUCGGUUCCUUGAUAUUCUCCAGGAUUUACAUGGGGAGGAUCUGAAGGAAACGGUUCAAGAGGUAUAUGAGCUUUCUGCUGAGUAUGAAGGAAAGCAUGAUCCAAAGAAACUGGAGGAACUUGGAAAUCUGAUAACUAGUUUGGAUGCUGGAGAUUCAAUUGUUGUGGCCAAGUCCUUUUCCCAUAUGCUUAACUUGGCCAACUUAGCUGAAGAGGUCCAAAUCGCUCACCGCCGAAGGAACAAGUUGAAGAAAGGGGAUUUUGCGGACGAGAACAAUGCUACCACUGAAUCAGACAUUGAAGAAACCCUUAAGAAACUUGUUGUGGAUAUGAAGAAGUCUCCUCAGGAAGUUUUUGAUGCACUGAAAAACCAGACUGUUGAUCUGGUUCUCACUGCUCAUCCUACUCAAUCAGUUCGUAGAUCUUUGCUUCAAAAGCAUGGAAGGAUAAGAAAUUGUUUAACUCAGUUGUAUGCCAAAGACAUCACUCCUGAUGAUAAGCAGGAACUUGAUGAAGCUCUACAGAGGGAGAUCCAAGCUGCUUUCCGUACUGAUGAAAUCAGGAGGACCCCUCCAACUCCACAAGAUGAAAUGAGAGCAGGGAUGAGCUACUUCCAUGAAACAAUUUGGAAGGGUGUACCCACAUUUCUGCGUCGUGUUGACACAGCUUUGAAAAACAUAGGGAUUAAUGAACGUGUCCCUUAUAAUGCUCCACUCAUUCAAUUUUCUUCAUGGAUGGGUGGAGAUCGUGAUGGCAAUCCUAGAGUAACUCCUGAAGUGACCAGGGAUGUUUGUUUAUUGGCUAGAAUGAUGGCUGCUAAUUUGUAUUAUUCCCAGAUAGAGGAUCUUAUGUUUGAACUGUCAAUGUGGCGCUGCAACGAUGAGCUACGUGUCCGCGCUGAUGAACUUAACAGGUCUUCCAAGAAAGAUGCAGUUGCAAAACACUACAUAGAAUUUUGGAAAAUCAUUCCUCCAAACGAACCAUACCGUGUGGUACUUGGCGAAGUAAGGGAUAGGCUCUACCAGACUCGUGAGCGAUCGCGUCAUUUGCUCGCCCAUGGGUACUCUGACAUUCCAGAGGAAGAAACUUUCACCAAUGUUGAAGAGUUCUUGGAACCUCUUGAACUCUGCUAUAGAUCACUCUGUGCUUGUGGGGAUCGCGCAAUUGCUGAUGGCAGCCUUCUAGAUUUCUUGAGGCAAGUCUCCACUUUUGGACUGUCAUUAGUGAGGCUUGACAUAAGGCAAGAGUCAGACCGUCACACGGACGUGUUAGAUGCCAUUACCAAACAUUUGGAAAUUGGAUCUUACCAGGAAUGGUCAGAGGAAAAGCGGCAGCAAUGGCUUCUGGCUGAAUUGAGCGGCAAGCGCCCCCUCUUUGGACCUGAUCUUCCACAAACUGAAGAAAUCAGAGAUGUUUUGGACACAUUUCAUGUGAUAGCAGAACUGCCACCAGACAACUUUGGAGCAUACAUUAUAUCAAUGGCAACAGCUCCUUCUGAUGUGCUUGCAGUUGAACUUCUACAGCGCGAAUGCCACGUUAAGCAUCCAUUAAGAGUUGUCCCAUUGUUUGAAAAGCUUGCUGAUCUAGAGUCUGCUCCUGCUGCUUUGGCACGGUUGUUCUCAAUAGAUUGGUAUAGAAACCGGAUCAAUGGGAAGCAAGAAGUCAUGAUAGGCUAUUCUGAUUCAGGCAAAGAUGCAGGAAGGUUUUCUGCGGCGUGGCAGCUAUACAAGGCUCAAGAAGAGCUUAUAAAGGUAGCCAAACAAUAUGGUGUUAAGCUAACAAUGUUUCAUGGCCGUGGAGGGACCGUUGGAAGAGGCGGCGGUCCUACUCACCUUGCUAUCUUGUCUCAGCCUCCAGACACUAUCCAUGGAUCACUCCGUGUGACCGUGCAAGGUGAAGUCAUUGAGCAGUCAUUUGGGGAGCAACACUUGUGUUUUAGGACCCUUCAGCGUUUCACUGCAGCUACUCUUGAACAUGGAAUGCAUCCCCCAAUUUCCCCUAAACCGGAAUGGCGUGCUCUGAUGGAUGAGAUGGCUGUCAUUGCCACUCAGGAGUACCGUUCUAUUGUAUUCAAAGAACCACGUUUUGUUGAGUACUUCCGCUUGGCUACGCCAGAGUUGGAGUAUGGAAGGAUGAACAUUGGAAGUCGACCAGCAAAGAGAAAGCCAAGUGGAGGCAUAGAGACACUGCGUGCUAUACCUUGGAUCUUUGCAUGGACACAAACAAGGUUUCAUCUCCCAGUGUGGCUAGGCUUUGGAGCAGCAUUCAAACAUGUUAUUGGGAAGGAUGUUAGGAAUAUUCAUGUGCUUCAAGAGAUGUACAAUCAAUGGCCUUUCUUUAGAGUCACUCUUGAUUUAGUUGAAAUGGUGUUUGCCAAAGGAGACCCAGGGAUAGCUGCUCUCUAUGAUAGACUCCUUGUUUCAAAAGAUUUGUGGCCAUUUGGGGAGCAGUUGAGGACCAAGUAUGAAGAAACUAAGAAACUCCUCCUUCAGGUGGCUGGCCAUAAGGAUCUUCUUGAAGGAGAUCCAUACUUGAAGCAAAGACUUCGCCUGCGUGAUUCAUACAUCACUACCCUUAAUGUGUGCCAAGUUUACACUUUGAAACGUAUCCGUGAUCCAAAUUAUAAUGUGAAGCUGCGCCCUCACAUCUCUAAGGAGUCUAGAGAUAUAAGUAAACCUGCUGAUGAACUUAUAACACUGAACCCAACAAGUGAAUAUGCCCCUGGUUUGGAAGACACCCUCAUUCUCACCAUGAAGGGUAUUGCUGCUGGGAUGCAAAACACUGGUUAAUUUUGAGGUUCUGUCUUCUCAUUUAUUUUCUGUUUCCUUGUCAGAAAUAAUGAGUUUAGUUGCACACACCAAAAGGGUGUGUAUCGAUGGCUGAGCUAGAAAUUCCAAAGAGAUUGUUUUGAUAAUUAUGCAAUAGAUUGUAAUGUUCCAAUACGAAAUUAUGCUGAUUACAUUAGUGAUUGCAAAUUUAAUUUGAUCACUUCUUUGAAUCACCUUUUUGUUAUUUGUGUCGCUUCCAGCCACAACUCUCCCAUGCACCAACGCUUUACACUAUGGGCCCACAGUUUGCACAUGUUAACAAAUCAUAGUU